CUCACACUUGCAGUAGUCGCUCCGACCACCUUCCCGAAUCCCCGGGUCCUCGGGCCACUCAAUUGCACGGGAUGCAUAUCUGCUGCUCCUCCCAAUUCACCACCCAUUUGUCGAUCCCUCUCUCCAAUCUACCCAAGGUGUGGCGGCGGCCACAGAACACUUUCAACACGUCAUGCCCCCCCCUCAUCAUCCCGCCCAAGCCGUGUCUCAGCUUUUUGUUCGUUCUUUUACUGCUUGCUACUAGUUGCCUAGUCUAUCCCUCCCCUUGUCCCACGUCCCAUAUCCCAUGUCUCACUUCGGUACACCGACGCGUACAGUACGGCACAUAAGCGGCUCGCGUUCACAAAAAUGAGGUAAUGAAGGGGAGUGCGAAGGGGGUUAGUGCCAAGUCAG